CAUAUUCAGCUGGUUAAAUCAUUAUGAAGCACAGAAAACAUAUAAAAGUAUAAACCACGUACGUGAUUCAUGAAGCACAGAAAAACCACGACGUUGAACUAAGGCGUAGUUGCGAAUCGCCAGUAACCCAAUGAAUAUGGCACCGGAAGUUCCUGCUAUUCUAGUUCUGGGUCCACCGCUCGUUUUCAAAGCCUACGAAAGCGCUUUUUCUCAGAAAUUUAAUUUCCUGAAACCAUGGGAGAAACCUAUCCCCCUCCACCAAUUUAUCUCCACUCAUUCAUCUACCGUGAAAGCAAUUUUUUGUUCUGCUGUCAGUCCGGUCACCUCUGACAUCAUCCAAAGCCUUCCGGAGCUCAGAUUUGUGUUGGCCAGUUCAACCGGCGUCAACCAUAUUGACAUCCGAGAAUGCAAACGCCGUGGAAUUGUUGUCGCAAAUGCAGGGUCGACUUUUUCAGAAGAUGUUGCAGACAUGGCGGUAGGGUUGUUGAUUGAUGUGCUCAGAAGAAUCAGUGUUGGUAAUCGUUUUGUGAAAUCUGGUGUUUGGCGUAGGGAUGGAGACUACCCUCUUGCUCAUAAGUUAAGUGGGAAGCAAGUUGGGAUUGUUGGAUUAGGGAGCAUCGGCCUUGAUAUCGCCACAAGACUUAAAGCCAUGGGUUGCAUCAUCUCGUACACAUCAAGAACCAUGAAACCACACGUCACGUUCCCUUUCUAUCCUACAAUUCAUCGGCUUGUAGCAAACUGCAAGAUCCUAAUCAUUUCUUGUGCAUUAACAGAGGAAACACGACACAUGAUUGAUAGAGAAGUGAUGUUGGUUUUAGGAAAGGAAGGAAUCAUCGUUAACAUUGCAAGAGGAGCAAUCAUCAAUGAAAAAGAACUAAUCGAGUGUUUGGUGAAAGGGGAGAUCGGUGGUGCUGGUUUGGAUGUUUUUGAAAAUGAGCCUAACUUCCCUCAAGAGCUAUUCCCAUUGGAUAAUGUUGUGUUGACACCUCAUCAUGGCGCUGUGACUGAAGAGGCGUGUAGAGAUCUUUAUGAUCAUGUAUGUAAGAAUCUUCAUGCGUUCUUGGCAAACGAAUCCUUAGAGUGUGAGGUCGAUAUGUGAACUAUCAUACUUGUUUAUGAACAGUUGGUUUUGACGAAUUUUAAUAAAUCCUCUUACG